AUGAAGAAGAUCAAGUUCGCAAUAAGGAGCCUCCUAUUCGCAACGAAGGAGAGACUACAAACCCUGAGGCUUGUCAACCCAUUUUCACCUAGCAUCUCUCAUAUCCUCACUGAUGAUCCAGACAUGAUAUUUGUGGACGAUGAUGAUAAUGAUGAUCUUGGCGGAUUCACCUACAGUCCAUUUAAGAUAAGGACUGAAAGUGAAGAUGAAGUUGUUAUCACGAAAGGGCAGCUUCAGCCCCUUCAUGAGAAGAUUGAGCAGCUUCUUUUCUCUUCCAAGGCUUCAUAUUUUGAAGCUUAUUCCAAAGCAACGGUUGAAUCUCUAUUUGAACGCAUAACGAAGGAACAUGCAGAUGAUGUUGCGAAGAUGAACAAGGUAGUGACUGAUUAUGCCGAAGUUUGCAAGACAACGACUAAAAAAUUCGAUAAACUAAUUUCUGACACAACUUCAUUUAUGGAAGCUUACCAAUCCAUCAACAACACCAACGUCGUCUCUACGAAUGUAGCUCUAUAG